UUAUGAAGCACUGGACUAGCUGAACUACAAGGUUGCAUGGUGGGAGUUUUUUUUGUGUUGAGUGUUGAGGUUCAGGAGGCCAAAGUUUUCAUUAAGUGUACUCAACACCUGUGUAAAAAGCAUGCGAACCGACUGACCUCUGUGUUAUUCACCCCCUCGCCUUCUCGCCAUCUUUCUGCAGCCUGCCACUGUAACCUGCACGCCCGGCGCUGUCGUUUCAACAUGGAGCUGUACAAGCUGUCUGGGCGGAGGAGCGGCGGAGUCUGUCUCAACUGCCGCCACAACACCGCCGGACGCCACUGCCACUACUGUAAGGAGGGCUUCUUCCGGGACAUGUCCAAGGCCAUCUCCCACAGGAGGGCCUGCAAAGCGUGUGAUUGUCAUCCAGUUGGCGCAGCCGGCAAGACCUGCAACCAAACCACUGGCCAGUGUCCCUGCAAGGACGGUGUGACCGGCAUCACCUGCAACCGCUGUGCCAAGGGCUACCAGCAGAGCCGCUCUCCUAUCGCCCCCUGCAUAAAGAUUCCAGUUGCAUCGCCCACCUCCACCUAUACCAGCUCUGAAGAGCCCUUAGAUUGUGAUUCUCACUGCAAGGCAUCCAAGGGCAAGCUGAAGAUCAACAUGAAGAAGUACUGCAAGAAAGACUAUGCUGUCCAAGUGCACGUCCUCAAAGGAGACAAGGCAGGGGAGUGGUGGAAGUUUACCGUGAACAUCAUCUCUGUCUACAAGCAAGGUGAACAACGCAUCCGGCGCGGUGACCAGCUCCUAUGGGUGCGUGCCAAGGACGUGGCCUGCAAGUGCCCCAAGAUCAAGCUUGGCAGGAAGUACCUGCUGCUGGGCACGGAUGACGACUCCCCCGGGCAGAGUGGCGUGGUGGCGGACAAGGGCAGCCUGCUCAUCCCCUGGAAGGACCUGUGGGGCCGGAGACUGAGGAAGUUCCAACAGCGCGACAAGAGGGGCAAGUGUUAAGAGGAGCCAGAGAGGAGAGAAAGAGAGGGGGCUCACCUCGAGUCUGAGGAACACAGGAGGAGGAGAAAGAAAGAGGAAACACCAGAGGGAGAGAGGAAAGAGGGAGAGGUGAAGUGAACAGAGAGAGAGAGAGAGAAAGUGACUGAGUGCUGCUGCUUUGAGUGGAAGCAAAAAGAGAAUAUUAGUUUUAGAAACAUAUGUGUGAAGGAGCUCUUUUUACAGUUGUUGUUCUGUUUGUCCUUCAAGGUUUGUUUCGUUGUGGAAUUGCAGAGUUUGCACCUAAUAUUUCAGAUAAGUUACUUAUUUUUUGUUUUAUUCAUGAUACCAUUAUUUUUAUAUUUCCAGUUCAUUUCUACAGAACAUCCGAAAAAAAUCUACUGUAUCACAUAUCUGUGUUUAAAGAGGCUCUUUAUAUAUAUAUAUAUAUAUAUAUAUAUAUAUAUAU